CCCCCCUGGAUCCCCUAUAGACCACGUUGUGGUCCGUGUGCCUAUGCGACACUAAGGCCCUUAAUUUUAACCCUAUUUUGACAGUUCCAGUUACGCUGUAUCUGACAUAGUCCCCCCGAACAACCCUCUUGAUUAGUCAGACAAGCCGUUUGCCCUAACGAAUUUCGGCUCUUGCCUUCCUAUCCCACAAGUAUAUUCUGGAUACUCCCUCGCACCGCCAGAGAACUUAUCCCUCCACUCUUACCACCACAUCGACAAAACGAGAGCGAGUCUGAAAAAAAUGGCCAAGUCCAAGAACUCGUCCCAGCAUAACCAGUCGCGCAAGGCGCAUCGCAAUGGUAUCAAGAAGGUCAAGACUUCAAGAUACCCUUCUUUGAAGGGCACGGACCCCAAGUUCCGCCGCAAUCACAGACACGCCCUUCAUGGCACAGCCCGAGCUCUGAAGGAAUUGAGGGAGGGAAAGCGCGAGAAGGCUUGAGCCUUGCCGACAUGUAAGAGGGGUUGGCGACAGCUCCAUAUACCUAACUAAGGGUGUUGC